AUGCGUUUCACCUCUGCUUUCGUCGCCGUCGCCCUUACCCUGGCUACUGGGUCCCUCGCUAGAGCUAUUAACAUUGAGUCGCGCUCAGAGGCCCUUGACGCCCGCCAGAUCUGCACCCAACAAUGUGUCCUAGAAAAGCCUCAAUGUCCUGAAGGCCAGAUGGCCACUGGUAGUGAGGGGUGCUGGAGCGCUUGCUGUGUGCCUAUCGGGCCGAAGCUGCCUUUCAAGCAGCCUAUCAGACUUCCCGAGGACCAGACUGGUAAUAAGUCUUCCAGGGCGUGUAAUGGGGAGGAGGAUUCGGAAAAGGAUUGUUUGGGGGACAACGAGCCUGAUACCCCGUGCGAUCAGGACUCCGACUCCGACGGGGAUUCGAACAAGGUUUGUUAG